UGAUCUGAUCUCGUCUGACAGCUGCCUGCCUGUGUCCCGAACCCUCGUUGUCAGGGUUACCUCUCCAUGGAGACGCACUCCCCAAGGUAGGGGAGGGCUUUAAGGGAAAAGGAGACCCUCACCUCAAUGGAGCAACAAGUCAAAGGAGGAUGAAGAAGGAAAGACUGUAGUUGUGGAGCGAUAAGAGGGAGAGGUGACCUGUGGGAGAACAAGAGGAGUGGAAAUCGACAGCAGAAUAAAAGAAGAAAGAGUUGGAUUUGUCAGGAUGGGCUAUGAUCUGGAGAGGUUUGUGGGCUAUGUGAAUGAGGGUCUCCUGUGCUGUGUGUGUCGAGACGUGUUGGAGCGCCCCCUCCAGGCGCCCUGUGAACAUGCAUAUUGCAGCGCCUGCAUCAGCAGCUGGCUGGUCCAUCAUCACUCCUGUCCCGAGGACAGACUGCCACUGGAUGUGGGCAGCCUCAAACCACUGUACAGGUACAUGCGUAACGACCUGACCCGUCUGCAGAUACGCUGCGUGAAUGCAGCGCAGGGUUGUGAGGUGGUCUGCUCCCUGGAGACCCUCCACACACAUGAGGAUGAGUGCGAGUUUGCCUUCAUAUCCUGCUCUAACACAGGUUGUCCUGUGCAGGUAGAGAGGCGGGGUUUGGAGGCUCACCUGUCAGAAUGCAACUUCCGCAGCAGGGAGUGUCCCAACGGCUGUGGCCACACCCUUCUCUCCACCGACCAAUCACAGCAUAACUGUGUGGCAGAGCUGCGCACAGAAGUAGAGAUGCUCAGGGCAGAGAUGCUGUGCAAGGUGGAGGAGGUGAGACGGGAGAUGGAGUCUCGGUUGGACUCACAGAGGAGACACAUGGUGCAGAAAGAGUCGCAGCUGAAGAACGAGGUGGAGGAGCUCAAGGGUCAGUUGUCCCGCGUGAUGUGCGACAUGCGAGCCCUGUUAGGGGCAGAGCGUCUGAGACGACAGGAGCUGGCAGAAGCCGAGCUGGAAAAGAGGGAACUGCUGGAGCUCCUCAGAGACCUGCAGCCAACCAGGAGUCCACAUUCCACCGAACAAGCAGCCAGGGGCGAGCAUCAGGGAGACCAGCAGACAUUUGGAUGGGAACUACUACACACGGAGCAGACUAGACACCAGCAGAGGGAGGCGUCUUUACAUGCCUCCAGUCUAUCACUACAUUCAGCUCAGGCCAUAAAUAUGUCAGGUCCACCUCCAUCACCUCAGCUGGGUGAGGGAGCACGUAAAGGUGGAACCAGGAGUCUGACUCUAGACUGCAUCAAGAGAAAGAGCAGGGAGGUGACGGUCAUCUGAGUAGACUGGACUGGUGGGAGAUUGUCCAAACUAGAAAAGAUUACAUCUUUAUUUUUGUAACAUUUUGCAAACGGUUUCCAACAUUCAUUUAGAAAUGAAAAUGUAAUGCAAGUACAGCAAGUUCUGUUGU